AUGUGGACAGCAUCAACGACCACUGCAUCCCCGACAGCUGCAUCAUCAACUGCUGCAGGCAGUGGCCAGACUGCCACGGUCAGUGCCCGCGGGGCACGAUGCGAUGGUGGCACCUUUGCCAUGAUGAAGUUUCUAUGUGUUGGAGUGCUGGCUGCCGUUCUCGUCCUCGCUACGGGCCAACCUCAGCCAGGAACUGGUUCUGGCCAGCCUACUGAUCCAGGUCAUGCUCCGAGCGGACAAGCGACAGGUAGUGAACCCAACCCCACUGCGUCCGGACCCCUGGCAAAGGCUGUUAAAGCAAUGACUGCAAUGUCAGCGACUACCAAUAUAGGAAUGGGAGGACAAGCAUCUCCGUCGACAUCCGAAAUGGGGGGAAACGCGCCUACCAGUGGUAUGGGUGGAAUUAUGUCCGAUAUGUUGAACCCAAUGGCUGGUAUGUCCAAUUCUAUGUCAAACUCAAUGGCUGGUAUGUCCAACUCCAUGACCAGCGGUAUGUCCAACCCCAUGGCCACUAUGUCCAACCCAAUGGCUGGUAUGUCCAGCUCCAUGACCGGCGGUAUGUCCAACCCAAUGGCCACUAUGUCCAACCCAAUGGACAACUUUAUGGCUGGUAUGUCCAACCCAAUGGCUGGUAUGUCCAACCCAAUGGCCGGUAUGUCCAACCCAAUGGCUGGUAUGUCUAACUCCAUGACUAGCGGUAUGUCCAACCCAAUGGCUGGUAUGUCCAACUCCGUGAGUAGCGGUAUGUCCAACCCAAUGACCGGUAUGUUCAACCAAAUGGCCAGCGUUUCCAACUCCAUGACCGGCGGUAUGUCCAAACCAACUGGCGGUAUGUCCAACUCCGUGAGUAGCGGUAUGUCCAACCCAAUGACUGGUAUGUUCAACCCAAUGACCGGUAUGUUCAACCAAAUGGCCAGCGUUUCCAACUCCAUGACCGGCGGUAUGUCCAAAACAACUGGCGGUAUGUCCAACUCCGUGAGUAGCGGUAUGUCCAACCCCAUGUCCGGUAUGUCCAACCCUAUGACAGGUAUGUCCAACCCCAUGUCCGGUAUGUCCAACCCCAUGUCCGGUAUGUCCAACCCUAUGUCCGGUAUGUCCAACCCUAUGUCCGGUAUGUCCAAUCCAAUGGGCCCCAUGAUGCCAGGAGGUAUGUCUGGUAACACUGGUGCUAUGUCUGGACCUCUGGACGCCAUCGCCGCCAUGACAGGCCAAAACAUUGCCAGCAAGUUUGCUUUCGGUAAAGGCAAACUUCCACAUCCAGCAGGACCAUCCAUGACUGCAGCCCCCGGAUCAUCCACCAAGGCUAAUAAGAGCCCGAUGGCUGCAUUACUCCCCUUACUGCUCCGCGGAGGUAUGUCACCCGAGACAAAGAAGAUGAUGAUGAUGAUGACAAUGAUGUCCAGCCUGGGCGGCAGCGGUUCCAGUGGCUCCAAGCCAAACCCAAUGAUGAGCAUGAUGCCUCUCUUGAUGGCAACGGGCGGCGGAGAGGGCAUGAACCCCCUGAUGCUGAUGGCCCUGUCCCAAGGAGGAGGGUCAUCCUCCAUGAUGAUGCCGAUGAUGAUGGCGAUGAUGUCCGGUGGUGAGAUGAACAUGAGCACCAUGCUCCCUUAUAUGAUGAUGCAGAUGCAAAGCCAAGGUCACGCCAAGGGCGGCGCCUGGGGAGGUCAAAAGUCAUCUACCCCUAUGAUGGGAAUGAACAGAGUUGUUUAAAAACGUUCACCUCUUGAUGGUUUAGACGUGUGGAGAUUAGACGAUUCGGUCUAUUGUCUUACACUUAUCGAUUGCUCACUGUGUGCCAAUACAUGUUUGUGUGAAGUAGGACCUGCAAAACGACUAUGAGACAAUGAUGAAGGAAUACAAAUCUAGCAUGUUUACGUUAUUUUGUACCAACUUUAUCA